AUGGACACGCAAAACGCUUCUCCUCCAGCAGCGCCGCCUCCGCAUUGCGCGCCUCUCCACCCAGACCCCCCCACCAACGACGCCGCGUCUCCCGCCGCUGACACCGCCGUCAGCAUCCCCUAUCAAAUGCGUUACUCCGAAGACUCCUCGCCGGAUCGCGUGUCGGCCUCAAGAACUUCGUCGUCGUCGUCCUGCGCAUCAUCAACCGAAUCAGAAUCGGAUCAUGUGGAGAUUGACUGCGGCUCGGUAGACGAAUCCGAAGACGGCAUGCUCAAGAAACCACUCUACGCCAGGACAAUGGAGCUCAGCUUUCGCCACGUGUCUUACACCGUCUCUACGCGCAGUAAGCGCGGGAGUGACGCCGGAAGUGUCGCCGCGAGCAGCCGAAGCGUUUGUCAAGCCGGGACUGGAAAGCAUUACACCCGUACGAUUCUUGCCGAUAUCAACGGCGCUGCGAGAUCCGGCGAGGUCACAGCCAUCAUGGGAGCGAGCGGCUCGGGUAAGACGACGCUGCUGAACAUCCUCGCGCACCGCAUUGCGAAGGAGCGGCGGUCGGGCUCGGUGGAGCUGGACGGCGCAGUGGUUCGCGGGAGUACAAUGCGGCGCAUGUCGGCGUACGUGAUGCAGGACGACCUCAUGUUCCCCGCGCUGACCGUGCGCGAGACGCUCAUGUUCGCGGCGGAGUUGAGGCUCGCGGCGAACGGAGUGACGAAGGAGGAGAAGGAGCAAAAGGUGGAGAGCCUGUUGGAGCUGUUGGGUCUCACCAAGGUGGCCGACUCGCUCAUCGGAAACGAAAGCCAACGCGGCGUGUCCGGCGGCGAGCGCAAGCGCGUGGCGAUCGGAGUGGAGAUGGUGAGCGAUCCGCGCAUCCUCUUUCUUGACGAGCCCACGUCCGGUCUAGACUCCACCAGCGCGUACCGCGUCGUGCGGGCGAUUAAAGACAUCGCCGUGCAGACCGGCAGCAUCGCGAUCAUGGUCCUGCAUCAGCCUAGUUUCCGCGUGCUGUCUUUAAUCGACCGUCUGCUGCUCCUCGCGUCGGGGCACACUAUUUUCCACGGGCCGCCUCCGCAGCUUCCGGUUUUCCUCGCGUCGUUCGGCUGUCCCGUGCCGCAGUUCGCUAAUAGCACCGAGUUCGCCCUAGAUCUUAUCGAGGAUUAUCAGCGGUCGGAGCGUGGGGUCGCGGAUCUUGUCGCAUACGCCGCAUCGUACCAGCAGUUGUCGCACAUGUCGCAAGACUCCCUUCAGUCGUCGCUCACGAAAACGAGCGUCGCAAAGGAUGCCGCCGCUCUUCUUGCCCCUCAAUGCACUUCUGAGGCAAACUCUUGCCGCGCUGAUGCCGCCGAUGGCGCUGUCGCCGUGCAGAUCGACGGCUGCGCAAAUCCCGCCGUCGAUGCCGCCGUAGUUGCCGCCGCAUCCGCCGCCGCGAUCACCGCGCAGAAAUCUAUAGUCGGGGAAAAAGCGGAGGACAAGGGCGCGGUGGCGGACACGCGGCGGUACGCCAACGGGUGGAUGGGCGAGCUGAUGGUUAUCACGAAACGCGCGGCGCUGAAUCUAUGGCGCACGCCGGCUCUCUACCUCCUGCGCCUCGCACUGGUGGCGGUGACGGGUCUCAUGCUCGCGACGCUCUAUUUCAACCCAGACGAGAGCUUGUCGGGCUUCCAGGAGCGACUGGCAUUCUUCUCCUUCUCCAUCUGCGUGCUCUUCUUCUGCUGCCUGGACGCCGUGCCCAUCUUCAUCGAGGAGCGCAACAUCUUCAUUCGCGAAACCACGCGCAACGCCUACCGCCCCUCCACCUACCUCGUCGCGACCACGCUCGUGUACCUGCCGCUCCAGCUCGCCAUGGCGUCGAUUUUCGUACUGGAGAACUGGUGGGCGGUCAACCUCACUGGCGGCGCGGCGGGGUUCUUCUUCAUGCUGCUGACGUGUUUCCUCAUCCUCUUCUCCGCCAGCUCAUUCGCCAUCGCCAUCAGUGUCGUCGUCGACCACGUUGUGCUCGCCUACGCCGCUGGAAUCGCGCUCAUGGCAUACUUCGCUCUCGUUAGCGGAUUCUACAUUCCCAAAUACAGCAUCCCCAACUACUGGAUCUGGCUACACUACCUUUCGCCCAUGAAAUACGCGUACGAGGCGCUUAUCCAAAGCGAAUUCACCCACGGGGGACCCUGCUACAUAGCCGCCGGAAGCAUGUUCGAUAACACUCCGCUGCAGCCGUAUGUUAACGAGACAACGAUGAACAAAGCUUUUCUGGGAAUGAGGACGCUUUUGACGGGCUCGUUGCCGGGGCGAGGGAAAAAAGUUUGCGUCACUGGAGCAUCAGGGUACAUUGGAAGCAAUCUUGUUAAGUUGCUUGUUAGUCGCGGGUACCAUGUCCGAGGAACAGUCAGGGACGCGACCAACGCCGCCAAGGCAUCAUGGAUACGUGACCUCGCAAGUAUCUAUGCUGAAGGUUCGCCGGGGAAACUUGAACUCUUCUCAGCCAACCUACUUGAUCCUGGAAGCUUUGAUGAAGCAGUUGAGGGAUGCGAGUUCGUGUGCCAUGUUGCUGCCAUUGCUCGCAUGAGAGCGCCGAAUCCGCAGACCAUCGUCGAUGCAGCUCUUGAGGGCACAAAAAAUGUGUUUUCUUCCAUCCUCAAGCAUAAGACAGCUAGGAAAGUGGUGCUCACCUCAUCUGUGGCAGCUAUUAUGGAUUACAAGAACAAGAAAGGUCAAGUACUAACGGAAGCAGACUGGAACCAAGACCUGAGCCUUAAAGAUCCCUAUCCGAUGGGCAAGACUCUAGCUGAAAAAUAUGUCUGGAAGACAGUGGAGGACAUGCAGUGUCAAGAGUGGGCGUUCGAUCUGGUCACCAUUUGUCCAGCCCUGGUUCUGGGUGAAGCUACGCGAAAGGAGCAUGUUCGAACAAGCCUCGGUGUUAUAAAGGAGCUGCUGAGUGGAUGGAUGUUCAUGGCCCCUGACUUGUACUUUGGCAUCGUGCACAUUGAUGAUGUUGUGCUUGCUCAUGCAUUGGCACUGGAGAAGAAUUCUGCCAAGGGACGAUACAUUCUGUGCAAUGGUGACACCCUGCACAUGCGAGAAAUUGCAGCUAUUAUCCAAAAAAACUAUCCUGGUUUUAGGGUCCCCACUUGCACUAUGCCAAACCUUCUAAUGUACGCAGUGUCAUUUAUCCACCCGGUUCUUAGCUUUGAGGUAUUGAGGCGGAACUUGAGCAACGUUUCUAGAUUUGACAAGAGUAAGUCUGAGAAGGAAUUGGGGCUUCAUUACCGUUCAUCGGAAGAAGCUAUUCUUGAAGCAGCUGCCAGCAUCCUUCGUUUCAGGCUGUAG